CCAGUGUGAAGCGACCAGACAGACAUGGCUGCCACUCUGAAGGGAACUGUCGUCUCUCUUCUUCUUCUCUCCUCCAUUUCUCAAGGUGUCCAUGGUGUUGCCGUGUUCCACCGUGCGUCGGUGAGAGCUGUAGAGGGUGAGAACAUCACUCUACCCUGUUUACUGGAAGAGGAGGAGGGACGUAAACCCGUCAUAUCUCAGGUAGAAUGGAGGAAGAAAGGAGAGAUAGAAGACCACAAGCUGGUGGUGUAUAACCCUAGUUUUGGUGAAACCCUCAUCUGGCCUAACGUCACCCUGGACGUGGCGUGGGACAAGAACAAGCUAACGGGCACAUCUCUGGUUCUGAAGGGUGUAGAGGCUAGGGACAGCGGGCGCUACAUCUGUGACAUCACCACCUACCCCAACGGUUCCAUCAGGAAAGUCACUCGGCUGAAUGUUGAAGGUCCUGCUACCACAAGUCCUGCUGUCACUGUGACCCCCAGCAACAACGUAACUGAGUCUACAGUUACCGGCAACAACGUAACUGAGUCUACAGGUACCGGCAACAACGUAACUGAGUCUACAGGUACCGGCAACAACGUAACUGAGUCUACAGUUACCGGCAACAACGUAACUGAGUCUAAAGUUACCGGCAACAACGUAACUGAGUCUACAGUUACCGGCACCAGCGUAACAAGCGACCUAACAGAGCCAGGGGAGAUGACAACCCCCACAGCUAACUUUAGCGUCAAACCAGACACCCUCACCUCCUCUACCGUACAGGAAGUCAACACCAGUAUCACCAUCACUACCUCUGUCACCCAGCUAAUUAACUCCAAUACACACCGAUCAGUCAACACAGAGGCGGGACCAAAGGGGUCAGAGGUCAACAGCUCCACCGACAGUCCAAUCAGAGUCCCAUCCACGGCCCAAUCAGGAUCCACCUAUCCACCCGAGGUCCAAUCAGAUCAGCCCACUCCGUGGAGCGUCCAAUCCGAUGGUGGGCAGGGGAACGCGUCUGAAGCAGAUACCUCCAGCGGUGGUGGUCAGGGGGGCCCAGUGUCCACUACGCUAUACCCAGAGAAGAGCACCCUGGCUGGGGAGAAGGAAGACCACACCCUGGGGACCUCCACUGCCUCCCAUGGGGAUAAUGUGGUGAUGGAGACAGUUCCCAGUAGUGGUCAGAGGUAUGUGGUGGUGUGGGUGCUGCUUCCUGUCCUGGCUCUGCUGCUCGUGGUCGGGUUCCUCUACAGACGAUACAUCAUCCAGAAGAGGAUGGACCUGCCUCCCCCCUUCAAGCCUCUCUCCCCUCCAGUGAAGUAUUCCUCUUUGAAGCUCAUGACGUCCAUGACGACAUCCUCACCUGAAGGGGGAGCUGUUGUAUUUGUUUUAUGGUUAAAUGAAACGCUCCAUUGGUCCAUUCAUGUUAUGUCAUACUUAAUGUGCGCCCUCUGCUGUGAAAUAUAA